AUCUGUCUAUGACCUCCUCCCAAAGGAGUUGCAGUUACCACCCUCCAGAGAAACAUCUGUAGCAUCCAUGAGCCAAACAAGUGGUGGUGAGGCAGGUUCGCCUCCUCCAGCUGUAGUUGCUGCUGAUGGCUUGGCUAUGUCAGGAAGUUGGGGAAAGGAAAGGCGAGAGCUGGAAAAGAGCAGCUGAGGAGGCGUAGAAUUCUGCAUGGCUUGCUUGAUUGCCUCUGACACAACUCUGAGUGGGAAAACCUACUAAACUGAAUUGGUGGAGGAGAAUCACUAACAAAAAGUUCCAGGAUUUGCCUCUGAAGCAGGGAGUGUCUGCAUUAAAAAUGACCUGUAGUUCUCUGCUUCAUAGAUGCUUCUUCAGCUCCCUCCUCUUCCUCCAUGGGCGGUGCUUGCAGCUCCUUUACCACCUCUUCCAGCCCUACCAUUUACUCUACCUCAGUCACCGACAGCAAGGCUAUGCAAGUGGAGAACUGCUCCUCAGCCGUGGGGGUAAGUAACCGAGGGGUAAGUGAAAAGCAGUUAACCAGUAACACAGUCCAGCAGCAACAGUCAAUGCCGAAGAGAAAUACAGUCCUGUACAUCUCACCACCACCUGAGGAUUUGCUGGACAACAGUCAGAUGUCCUGCCAAGAUGAAGGGUGUGGAUUGGAAUCAGAGCAGAGCUGCAUUAUGUGGAUGGAGGAUUCCCCCUCCAACUUCAGUAACAUGAGCACCAGUUCCUACAAUGAUAACACUGAGGUGCCACGUAAAUCACGCAAACGAAAUCCAAAGCAGAGGCCAGGGAUCAAACGUCGAGAUUGUGAAGGAUCCAGCAUGGAUAUAUUUGAUGCCGACAGUGCCAAAGCGCCCCACUAUGUCCUUUCUCAGCUCAGCACGGACAACAAAGGCAACUCAAAAGCAGGAAAUGGAGCAUCAGAAAGCCAGAAAGGAGCUGGAGGGAAGAAGAGUCCGAUGUUGUGUGGUCAGUAUCCUACUAAAAGUGAAGGCAAGGAGCUGAAGAUUGUGGUACAGCCGGAGACCCAGCACAGAGCUCGGUACUUGACUGAAGGCAGCCGAGGCUCAGUGAAGGACCGGACACAACAAGGUUUUCCAACUGUAAAGCUGGAAGGUCACAAUGAGUCAGUAGUGCUGCAGGUAUUUGUGGGUAAUGAUUCUGGACGAGUAAAGCCACAUGGGUUCUACCAGGCCUGCAGGGUGACUGGGCGAAACACUACUCCCUGCAAAGAGGUGGAUAUAGAGGGCACUACAGUCAUAGAAGUUGGCCUUGACCCUAGCAACAACAUGACACUUGCGGUUGAUUGUGUAGGAAUACUGAAGUUGAGGAAUGCAGAUGUUGAAGCUCGAAUAGGGAUUGCUGGUUCCAAGAAAAAAAGCACCCGUGCCAGAUUGGUGUUCCGUGUUAACAUCACUCGGAAGGAUGGCUCUACUUUAACGCUCCAGACACCCUCCUCUCCGAUUUUAUGCACUCAACCAGCUGGUGUGCCAGAGAUUCUCAAGAAAAGUCUGCACAGCUGUUCAGUGAAGGGCGAAGAAGAGGUCUUUCUGAUUGGCAAGAACUUUCUUAAAGGAACAAAAGUGAUCUUCCAAGAAAAUAUUUCUGAUGAAAACUCUUGGAAAGCAGAAGCUGAAAUAGACAUGGAAUUGUUUCAUCAGAAUCAUCUUAUUGUGAAGGUACCACCAUAUCCUGACCAGAAAAUAACCUCACCUGUUUCUGUGGGGAUCUACGUGGUGACCAAUGCUGGAAGAUCACAUGAUGUGCAGUCAUUUACAUACACUCCAGAUACAUCUAGUAUUCUGAAUAUCAACGUGAAGAAAGAAAUCUCCAGCCCAGCACAGCCUUGCUCUUUUGAAGAGGCUAUUAAAGCAGUGACAGUAACUGGCUGUAACCUGGAUAAGGUAAAUAUUCUCCCUAGUGCCUUGAUAACUCCACUUAUACCGACCAGUGUGAUUAAGAAUGAAGAUGUAGCUCCAAUGGAAGUUACAGCUGAAAAAAGAUCUCCCACCAUCUUCACACAGGCUUCAAAGGUGGUUGGACCAACUCAACAAACAUUAGAAAGUAUGUCCAGCAUAUCAGGAACAGGAGGAGCCUUUUCAACUGCUGCCUCUCAUUUACCUUCUGAAAGUGACAAACAGCAGCAGAUACAGCAUAAAGUGUACAAUUCAGAGACUCUGACUACUAUCCAAACACAGGACAUUUCACAGCCUGGUAGCUUUCCAGCAGUCUCUGCUCCAAGCCAGUUGCAGAACAGUGAUGCAUUGUUGCAGCAAGCUGCACAGUUCCAGAGCAGAGAGUCUCAGUCCAGAGAGGUGUUGCAGUCAGACAGCACUGUAGUUACUUUGUCACAGCUAACUGAGGCUUCGCAGCAACAGCAGUCAACACUAUCCGAACCAGCGCAGACACUACAGCAACAGAUCUCCUCAAGUAUUUUCCCAUCCGCAAACAGCGUGAGUUCGUUUCAGAACACUAUACAGCAACUGCAAGCUGGAAAUUAUCCAGCCAACGCUGCCAGUGGCAGCAGUGGAAAUGUUGACUUGGUCCAGCAAGUCUUGGAAGCUGAACAGCAGUUAUCUUCUGUUUUGUUUUCUGGGUCAGAUAGUGAGGAUGUCCAAGAACAACUCAAUGCGGACAUUUUUCAGCAAGUUAGUCAAAUACAGAACAGUGUAAAUUCUGGGAUCUUUUCCUCGUCUGAGACAGUCCAUUCCAGGCCAGACAGCCUUCUGUCUGGAAGAGCUGAAAAUGUCCAUCCUCCGCCUGAGAGCUCGCUGUCCAGUCAGCAGCAACAGCAGCAGGCAAUGGAGACUUCUGCAGCAAUGGUGAUUGGAAUGCAGCAAAAUAUGUGCCAGGGUGCAACACAGAUGCAAUCGGAUCUCUUUUCCUCAGCAGCGCCAGGAAAUGGAAACCUCCAGCAGCCCCCUGUUUACCAGCAAGCUUCCCACAUGAUAAGUGGGCUGUCAGCCAGCGAAGACAUACAGAUGCAGUGUGAGUUAUUCUCCUCCUCUUCUGGUGUUUCUGGGAAUGAAACUGGUACUACUGCUCAGCAGCAGGUCUCCGCUAAUGGCUCUGCCAUGUUUCAGACAUCGAGUUCUACAGAUGGAGAAGAAACUUCAGGACAGAAUAAACAGAUGCAAAACAAUGUGUUUCAGACCAUGGUUCCGAUGCAACACAGUGGGGAAGGCCAGCCUCAAGUUAACCUUUUUUCAUCUACGGAAAACAUGAUGGCUGUUCAGGCAAGUGGAACUCAGCAGCAGGGAGGUGGACUGUUUCAGCAAGGUGCGGAAAUUCUGUCUAUUCAAUCAGGAAGUUUCAUGCAGCAGUCCCCACAUUCACAAGCUCAACUUUUUCACCCUCAGAAUCCCAUUGGUGAUGCUCAAAAUAUAUCCCAGGAAUCACAAGGGUCUAUUUUUCACAGUCCAAAUUCAAUUGUCCACAAUCAGACCACUUCCUCUUCCUCGGACCAAUUGCAGGCUCCGAUGUUCCACUCCCAGAACACCCUGGGUGUAUUGCAGAGCUCUUCUGUACCUCAAGACCAGCAAUCAGCUAACAUGUUCCUUUCCCAGAAUGCAAUGAACAACUCUGUAACUCAAGAAGAACAGAUGUCAUUCUUUGCAACACAGAAUUCCAUUUCUCCACUCCAGACAGCCACAAACACUGAGCAGCAAGCUUCUUUCCAGCAGCAAGCACAGAUAUCCCACAUUCAGAACCCCAUGAUUCCCCAAGAUCAACCCCAAGCUCAGCCCGCUCAGCAAGGUUUGUUUCAGUCGCAAGUAUCAAUAGGCUCCCUCCAAUCUAGUCCAAUGCCCCAGAACCAGCAAGGGGCCAUCUUCCAGUCUCAACAUUCAAUAGUUGCUCUUCAGAGUAGCCCUCCAACCCAAGAACAGCAGCAGCAGAACAUGAUGUUCAGUACUUCAGAUACCAUGAAUACAAUUGCUUCUCAGAAACAGACCAUGAUUUUCAACCCAAAUCAAAAUCCGAUCACUAAUCAGGAGCAGCAGAACCAAUCGCUUUUUCAUGCACAGUCCAACAUGGCACCAAUGAAUCAAGAUCAACAGCCCAUGCAGUUCCAGAGUCAAACUGUGACUCCACUUCAGAAUCCUGGGUCCAGCCAAGCAGAGCCACAGCAGCCCAACAUGUUCCAUAACUCACCCCAGAUUCAGUUGGUUCAAGGAUCACCGGGUUCUCAAGAGCAGCAAGUCACCCUCUUCAUUUCUCCAGCUUCCAUGUCUGCCUUGCAGAAUAACAUGGGCCAACAAGAACUGCAGCAGUCUCCUAUCUACUCUUCUCAGAGCAAUAUGACAGGCAUUCAAGGAACAACUUCUGCCGCACAGCAGCAAUCUUCUUUCUUCCACAAUUCAGCAGUAAGUGCUAUGAACAAGCUGCAGAAUUCUUCUGCUUCAUCUCAGCAGACUUCAGGAAUAUUCCUCUUCGGCAUUCAAAAUGACUGUGGCCAGCUUUUAACUUCUGGACCGUCUACACUGCCAGAUGAGCUGAUGGCUAUAAGUCAGCCAAGUCAGCCACAAAGUGAGGGGCAACCAGCAGUGACAACUCUUCUGUCCCAGCAAAUAACUGAGAACUCUCCCCUGCCUUCAUCUAUGACAACCAAUCAGGGUAUAGAGAAAAUUGAUGACUUGCUGGUCUCGUUACAAAGCCAGGGGAACAACAUGGCUGGCUCAUUUUAAUUAGCCAAAAAUUCUGUGAAGGAACAGAUGAUUUUGAAGAUCCCUUCAGACCCUGUGGCUCUGAUUAGGGUGUAUGGAGCUUCAACUGUUCUGUCAAAGGAUGGCCUGCACCCAAGCAAACGUGUAGAUUUCACCCUCUUUUCUAAAGAGCACACAUGCUGCCUACUGCAGUGUCUAGCUAUUGAGUCUAUAAUGAUAGCAUUUGAGACUCCUGAGGCCAAUAAUGGCUGAAAAGCUAUGCUUUGUGUUACAGGGGGAGGAAUUGGACCAUUACCAUGUUCUUAGGCCCCAUUAGUCAAUGGGCUGCUGUUUUAAUUCAAAGCAUGACUGCUCAGCUAUUAUUGUUAGAAAAUAACACGUUAUCAUGUUUACUUUUUCUUUUCUUUGCUUCCUCCUUCACGGCCCCUCAGUUGAGCAGGAAAGCUUGUGAAGCAGGAACACCAUGGGCCCUAACUCAAGCUGUGAUUCAUGGCAUAGCAGCCAGUGUGGGAAUUGCAGUUUUGACAAUCGAGCUGAAGGACGUUAAUCUAGAAGGUGGUGGUAUAAAGUAUACAAGCAGAAAGUCUGCUACAACUCUAGGAGCAGCCAGCGAGGUGUAGGUAUUUCUCAUCUGAGGGUGUGAUUAACAGCUUUCUAUGUGUCUGUACUGAUGGCUUUAGAUCUAAACUGCAUAGAGUAAGAAUUGGGUGGCUCUAUCAAAAUGAAGGGGAAAGUCACAGUAAAUUGUUCUAAAAUACCUUGACCUGAAGAGAGCAGUCUGCCUGGCUGGAGAAACAACUGCUUCAUGCCUCUCGCUAGUUCUGCAUAGCUUAGAACUUAGACAUCAUCCCUCCUCAUGCCUGGCUGCCCUCUUCCCUUCUUUCUAGACACUUCUCUCCCCACCCCUAACUUUAUGCUAUUUUAUUUCUCAGGCAAAUACAAAUAUGCUACUGGUUUUAGAAACCUGAAGUAACUCUUAGGCAUCCAAGGCACCUCUUAUUGAGGUAGCAAAGUGUCAAGCCAGUGGCUGCAUCUUGAUAGUCACCAGAGCGUGUGGAAGUGAGAAAAUGCUGGUUUUGUGUGCAUCCUCCAAGCUCUCCAAAUCCUAUAGAAACUCUGCUUUUUCCUGUUGUUGCUGGUGUAAAGUCUUAAAUGAUAUCCCAUAUGGAGGGGAAAACCUAAUUUUUCACCAUUUUUAAAAACCUCAUUUGAAGCUGAGCUGCUGCAUCUUUGUAGCUUUCUCAGUUCUGUGCAGGUUUGAAACACCCUUUUUACUAGCAUUUCCCAUAUGCUGAAGCCUCUGCGGGGGUCACACCUACACUAAUUAAAAACAGCUCACUCGUGUUUUACAGCGUCUAAAAAUAACCCACUCCAGGCCAUGCAGUUGUAGUGUGAGGCGUGCGGAUUCUUUCAGAUGCUCCGACUAGCCCAAGAGAAGCAUACAUCUCGCUACAACUUCAGGCAGAUGUUUUCUUCAGUCUUUCCCACUCCUGCAUGUAGAAAGCUGUUAAUGCCGGUCAGAGACAAACAGCUGACGUUGGCUAUCGUGCCUUGGUGUGGUGUAGUUGGUUGGCAUCCUGUCACUUUUCAUUUUGGUGUUUUAAGCAAUGGAGGGUAGCCUGUAAAUGAUUUUUAAGUUACCCUAGUAUGUGUACGGCGUGCUUUUUCUAACUUGUGCACCUAGUUGAGCCAUGUAGAGUUGUUCUUUGUUUUUAACGGUUUUUCCCUUGUGUUAGUCUGUCACAAUGUUCAUUUCUUCUGUGUGUUUGUGUGUGUACGUGUGUGUCUGUCUCUCUCUCUCAUUGAGAGGCAUUUAAUUACGUUUUCAGUAGUAAGGCUUCUUGCCGAUAUGAAGGGAACUUUUCAGAAAGAGACCUGCUCUGGGUCAUUUAAUUUUGAAUACAGUUUUCAAUCGUUCAAGUUUUGGAUGGUUUAUAUCUAAUGUGUGUUUCAUUUUUUUGGAAAGCUAUAUUUUGUAUUUAGGAAAUGGUAUACUAUUUUGCUAUUUGUACUGAGUGAGUACAUUGGCAUAAAUAUAAAAAUUUAUAUAUAUACAUAUAUAUAAAAUAUUCUUUUUGCCACACAUUUUUGUGGUAAAUUUGUGAGUUUGUCUGUUCUACCACAACGUGGCGUCUGAUAACAGUAGGGGUGAGGGUGGGGUUUGUUAGGUCUUUACUAAGUAUUUAAGUACUUUUUGCAACAUAAAUAGCUUGUUCAUCUUGGGCCAUUCCAUCUGGCAGUGUUUUGUUCCAGUUGGCUCUGGACAACUUCAGUGUGUGUUUGUAUCUGUGACACAACAAUGGGAUGUAGUCCAGAAACCCAGUUAGACAAUUCUAUGAUUGGGUUUCGUUCAGAAUGAGUCAUUCAGCUUUUACUCAGUCAUUGUCUAUUUAAUAUUUUAUUAGUUCAUUUCUGUUGUAUCUUUUAAUUUAUAUUAUACUAACAUGUUUGAAAUUUUAAUCAUGUUAAAGAAUUUUUUUGUCUAUUUCCUAAUGUCCAGAACUGCUAUUUAGCUUUGAACGAUACACUUUUUUUCCUGUUGAUUUUUCUCCCUGUAAGAAAAAAGUAAAAUAAAAACUUUUUAUGGUUCAGGACAUGAAAGACCAGCCUCUGAGCACUGAAUGGGUGCUGUAUGAGGAUGCAUAGAAGGGUCCUACACAGCAAAUCCAAAUGGCUGUGGAAUGCAAAAGCCUGUGUCAGUUUGUAAGAACAUGGUUGGCUUCUGCAAGAUCAGCUUGUUCACACUUAGUCUCAGAAUGAGGAUGUGUGUUGAUACCUUGACGGCUGUGUAGUCCUACAGUGGGCACAAUGAGGCGAUAGGGAUGAUAAACCCAUUUGUGUGUUUUGUUGUGUUCUGCUUUUUUAAAGGAGGCAUCUUCAUGAUGAAAUGUUGUUGGUCAGUGUCAAGUCACCAGGGACCAGUUCUCCAUUUAAUAAGAUUGGUGUCCAAAAUAGAACCUUUUACCAGGACUGCUACAACUCCCACUGUGGGAGGUGAGCAACGUUUAAAUGAGUGCAUAUUUUUAGGUUACUACAAGGGCUUUGCUACCAUAUUGAAAUUACUAAAUAAUGACAUAUCUGUUUUCUUUUGUGUCAAAUUUACUGUCUGUCUUAGGUCAAUGUUAAAGUAUAACAUUUUGAACAUGUGAUUUGGUUACAAAAAGUAUUUGUCUUCUGAAUGAAGGGUUUGCUCAGUGGUUGAUAAAUGCUUGUGCUGCUGCUUUCAAACAACUGUUACAGAGGAUAAAGAGGGAGGCUCAAUGAGCCAGCAAAGGCCUAGGAAACAGCUUACAGAAGUUGUUUCAUGGCAAAAGGACCUAAGUAUAAUGUGAACCACAUCUUUAUUCUUUCAGAGCUCUGCUCACAUACUGUUUUGAUUUCAAGAGUUGACGCUGACUUUUGGAGCUUAUCCUUUGUUUUUGUUUUUUAUUCCCUGACAUAUUUAGUCUAUAAUGUGUCUGCAUCAGUAUAGGUAUUAGAGGAAGAACACACAAAGUAGAUUGCCUGCAGAGUUACUGAGAGGUAGGGGAAUCAAGUCCAGUCUAGAUUAGUUUGAAAAGUUAUACAUUAUUUAAGGUAAAUGAAAAUGGGUGUAUACACUUUUAUAUCUUGAGUAGUCAAAAAACCCCACCUAUUACCUCUUGUUCAUGAUAAACGUUGUUUAAGCCAAAUUGCCAAAAAUCAGUGCUGGGGGCAUUAUUACAAAAGAAAAUUUGCUUUCAUAUCUGUCAGGCCAGUGUUUACUAAUGGACAUAAAGGUUUUAUAGCUGUAUGUACUGGAUGGAAAGCUGGAGAACUAUGUGUUAGUAGGGUGGAUUUUCUCUGCAGAGUUUGUCUCUUUCACAGAACCAUAAGAUUAGAUGGGCCCUCAAAAGGCCUUAAUCGAAUCCUCUGCCAAGAUGCAGGAUUUGUUGGGACUAAACCAUCGAAGAAAUAUGGCCAUCCAGCCUCUUUUGAAAACCUCCAAUGAAGGAGAUUCUACAACCUUCCUAGGCAGUUUGUUCUGUUGUCCUAUUGUUCUUCCACUUAGGAAGAUUUUUUUCUGGAGCAUUUCUCCUACAAGAACUCUCUAUUAAACCACCUUUAAUCCAAAACACACACACGCUCUCCAGCUAGGCUAUAUUCUCCAGCCUAAUGUCACUUUUCCAUUAAUGUCUCUGACUCUUCCAAACCCCAUUUUUCAGAUGUUGUCUCUACUGCAUGUCUGUUAUGUACUAUACACCUGUUUCAUAGUAACUGAUUAAUAUCCAGGGACACACGCUCUCUUAGCUACCAUGGUCAGUAUCUCUUCUGCCUGUGUCGCAUUGUCUGCAUGUAGACAACACUAGUGUAUAAAAAUAAACUUUCAUCCUUCAGUGAUGAAUGAAGUAGGUGGAUAGCACUUUUAAGAUGUAAAAAAAAUUCAAGAAAGCAUUAGCCAGAUAUUUCCAAUGGCAGAAGCUAAUCAUCACUUUCCACUUCAUGGUCAGUCCACUUGUUGGCGCUAAUUCUCAUCUUUUCUUUCAGUGCUUCUCCAUACCCAAUGCUCUACUAUUAUUACCUUUGUCACCAGAAACAAUUCAAAAGUGGUUUCAGAUUUGUUGGGCCAAAAUAGAUCAUUAACCACCAGGCCUUUUGUUUCACUAAUUUUACAUUAGUGACUGUGUGCUCAGAGCCUCUGAGUGGACACUUUUUAUUUUUACUCAGUUAAAAUGAUUAGGUUCAAGUCUGUCAAUUUUGACAGCAUCCCUUUUCAUGCUUACACUGAGGGCAUGUCUAGUUACAUCGAUACGUGUUUCUCUAAUCUUGAUGAGCCUUGAGUUUUCCAGUGCUCCUGCCAUGACUUUGAUUAAGGCAAAUUGACCAAGAAGAAAUUUCAUUCUGUUGCUGUGGUGAGAUUGGUGUGUUUUGGUGUUUUGUUUUUUUUUUAAAUCCUCAGAGUGUUCUUCCAAAGCCCCCAGAAAGGACAAACCACGCAGGAGCUCAAAUCCCUUCUCUGAUAUAGCUCCAUGUGAGCAGUAGGAAAGAAGCUUUGUUAUAAAAAUUCUUCAUUGGAUUUAGAGAAAUUAAAAUAAAUAUAUCAAAAGGUCAAAUAUUUAUAAACUAUAAAAACAAGCUAAACCAGAUGGGUGAGGGAUCAUCUUUCUUUGAACCAGUUUCAAAUUUACACAAAGCUUUUCCUCAUGUCUGGGAAAGAUACUUAGUGUCACUGCUAAAAACAAAGUUAUAGAGGUGGUUUAGCAUAAGGAGUUAGCAUAUAUUCUGAGGCAGCAUUCAACAGUAGCCUGUUAACAUCCAUCAUAAGACAAAAAGGGGAACUAGUGGAUUGCAGAUUGUUGUAAAACUAUAAAUCCAGUGUCUUGAUUAAGACUGUGUGAUUUUUAGUGUCCAGCAAAGUUAUAAAUUUAAGCUCCCAGGUUUAUCUUCUGAACAUUUUCUUUGAGGAUGAGGCCUGGUAGGCCUGGGAGCUUAAAUUCAUCACUUUGCUGGGUGUUAACAGGCCAUUUCACCUUGAAUGGUCCCUUUCACUCCUAGUGCUACCCUAUGGCUACGUCUACACUGGCCCCUUUUCCGGAAGGGGCAUGUAAAUUUCACGA